AACUUUACAUUUCUUCUUAAUUUAUUACACAACUGAACAAUUCCCCAUCUUUUCAAAACAUAGAUUUAUUCAUUGCUGCUGCUGCUCUCUCGAUCUUUCAUGAGUGUUUUUAAAUGUGUUUUGGAGAGUUUUUUUAUUAAAGCAAUUUGUUUCCUUUGAAAUAGUAGUACUAGUUUUUUGGAUGAUGAUGAAAGCCAUUUUGACUAAAGAAUUGUGUCAUUUAAUACAGGGAAGCUCAAAAUCAGGAGAAGAGAGUACUGAUUCAGGUUCAGCUGUAAACACACUUUCCAACACCCCCGGGUCUCCUACCGACCACCGCCAGCCACCGCCGCCUCAGAUGGACACCGCCGGUGGGAUUGACAGCCCGAGGAUAAGUGGCUCCCACUCCCAUCCAGCUGCUGCUAAAGCUAAACCAGCCCAAGAAAAGACAUUGAGACGUUUAGCCCAAAAUAGGGAAGCAGCUAGGAAGAGCAGACUUAGAAAAAAGGCCUAUGUACUGCAGCUAGAAUCAAGCAGGAUCAGGCUUGCUCAGAUGGAACAAGACCUUCAGAGGGCAAGGUCACAGGGACUUUUCUUAGGAGGAGGUGGAGCUGCAAGUGGGAGUAUUAACUCUGGUGGGGCAAUAUUUGAUAUGGAAUAUUCAAGAUGGCUAGAUAAUGAUCAUAGGCACAUGUGUGAACUCCGGACUGCAUUUCAAGCUCACUUAUCCGACGGUGAUUUGAGGGUUAUAGUUGAGGGAUACAUUGCUCAUUAUGACGAGGUCUUUCUCCUAAAAGGCGCCGCUGCCAAAUCUGACGUAUUCCACCUUAUCACUGGAAUGUGGACUACACCGGCCGAGAGGUGUUUCCUUUGGAUGGGCGGCUUCCGGCCAUCCGACCUCAUCAAGAUGUUAAUACCGCAAUUAGACCCUUUAACAGAGCAGCAAUUCAUGGGGAUUUGCAGCCUCCAGCAUUCCUCACAGCAAGCAGAGGAGGCACUUUCACAAGGAUUGGAACAAUUGCAGCAAUCCUUAGUUGAUACCAUAGCUAAUGGCUCUGUUAAUGACAACAUGCAACACAUGGCCAUCGCGUUAGGCAAGCUAGCCAAUCUUGAAGGCUUUGUUAGGCAGGCAGAUAAUCUAAGGCAACAGACCCUUCAACAGCUGCACCGUUUACUGACAGUCCGGCAAGCUGCACGAUGCUUCUUGGUGAUCGGAGAUUACUAUGGCCGGCUACGAGCUCUGAGCUCCCUGUGGGCUUCAAGACCAAGAGAGAGUAUGAUUGUUGCUGCAGAUGAUAAUUCUUGCCAAACGACGACAGAUUUGCAGAUGGUGCAUUCUUCUCAAAAUCACUUCUCAAACUUCUGAUUUGAAAUAUUACCAGGUUUUUUGAUGAUUAGAUUAGAUUAAAUGUGGUGGAGCAGUGAGGUUGUUUAGGGCUACUUUUUCUUAGAAAAUUCUCCUCCUAUAGUUUUGAUGUAGCUUUUGGUUUAAUGUCAACAUACUACAGUGUUCUCUUGUAAAUGUAUAUCAAUAUUAUGCAAAUUAUUUUCCCCUUCAUUUUUAAAA